AUGCCAAUUAAUUAUAAUGAUAUGGAUAUUCCUCCCUAUAAUGGAAUAUACUACGAACAAUCAGGAAUAAACCGGCUAGAACAAGAAAUACAAGAAUUAAAAGCUAUUAUUAGUUCAGGAAAUAAAGACAAGAUACCAAAACCGGCCUUUUCUCCCGAAAUACAAUCUCAUCCCAAAAGGUACAGACGAUCGUUAGAUGAACCAGGACCACCUAGGAAAGAGAGAUCCCCUGAAGUAUCAAGUGUUUCCUCUGAUAUGCAACUAUUUGAUGAUGUAACCUCCAAGCUAAGGGAAUACUUUCUAGAAGAAAACAGCAAAGGAAGAACUGCUGCGGACACAAGAGAAGCAGGAUUUAACGAGAUUACAGACAGACUAAACAAACUCAAAUCUCAGUUAGAAGAAGCUAUUCAUCGAACAAAUGAAAAAGUUGAGUAUUAUCCCUUAAAAACGUAUCAAGAACCAUCUUAUCAUUAUCCAACCCUCCCUAAAAUGAUCUACAAACCAAUAUUUCCAGAAAUUAAAAAAGACGAUAUUCUCUCUAAUAUUAUAGUUAAAAUUAUAGAGAAAGGAUUAGCAAUUUUACCUCAAAUUUUGGGUAAACUCUUUGGCAUGGGUGCUUACACAUUAUUCGAAAGUGUGCAUGAUAAGUAUGACGAUUCCUACGGAACGUCGUAUGAUAGUAACUACAACAAGGGCUAUGGCUAUGAUCACAAAAAAGGUUACGGCAGUUACGGCCAAGGUUAUGGAGUUUCAUAUAAUACAGACAACGAUCUGAUGGCAAUAUUUCAUAAAUUAGGAGUUUUCGGGUAUAUUCCUUUGAUAUGUUUAAAUAUUAUUAAAGUAAUAACAGUAGCUUGUAAACUUAUAAGAAAAAACAAAAUAUUUACCAACUUUAUAGUGCCUACUAUUGUUUUGCUCUUAGUAGCAGGCUCUAUUAUAUUCUUGACGUGGUGGUUACAGCCCGAUAAGGAUUUGUUUGAGGAAAAAUUGAUUGGAUUUGAUAAUUCAAGAAGUCGCACGGUCAACCCAAAUUCCCAAUACAAUUAUAAUUAUUAUGGAACACCUAGAAGUUCCUACACUGGUUACUAUAAUAAUUAUAAUCAACAUAUUCCCUAUCCUUCAGCAUAUUACAGGAAUCCUUAUAAUUAUUAUAGCUAUGGAGGCACUGAUAGAAGAGCAAUUAGUCAAAGUAGAAGUUUGCCAAUGGUAUAUUUUAGAAGUUAUUUUGAGGAUGGUUCAAGGAAAGUUUAA